UUAACACACUUGCGAUAAUCAAGGCGAUACGUCGUACAUAAUUUUGAAUAUCGCUGUUCUUUCUUUUUUUUUUUGUUUUUGUUUACAGCGGACACUUUCAUUUUACUAAUCUUUUACGUCGUACUUUUCAGCUGGCGACAUAGCUACUUCAGUUAAUUAAAAAGUUACAAGUGCCAUGUAUGUUUCUAUUUAAGUUAUGCAAUAUAAUUAGCGGCUUAAGAUAUAUCCUGGUUUGGAAUGCUUCUUGAAACAUCAUCUAAUUUGACAGCAUUUAAUGUUCGUAUGUCUUAGUUGUUUUUUUUUCAGUAUCGCAAAGUCAUCAGAGAUGAAACUUGGAUACUUUUUUCUCCUCCUCGUUUUAACGAGAACAGUUUGCAGUUACGUAUCAACAAGAUGUCCUGUUCGUUGGUUGGAAAGACCAGAGGGCAACUCGUGCUACAGAUUCUGGCCAACAAGGAUGAAAUCAUGGAAAGAGGCUCGUGCCACGUGUCAAGCACGUGAUGGGGAUCUACUAAAAUUAAAUUCAAAACACGAAAAGGCAUGGAUAAUCAACGAGAUAGAAAAAUACCCUGUACAUUAUGAAUGGUGGAUAGGGCUUCAGAGACAUCCGGGGAACGACAGUAUCUGGCUGUGGACAGAUGGUACUACAAGGAACGAAACUGGCAACUUCAUACCUUGGGGUUCUGGGGAGCCAAACAAUUACGGAGAUUCAGAGGACUGUGCUGAAAUUUGGGACAACCUUCUGAAUGACAAAAACUGUGACCAGCCACUACAGUUUAUAUGUGAGCGACCGAAAGAUCUGCCCAUGAAAUGUGACGUAGACAACGGAUGGGAUGAAAUCGAUUCGGAAAAUUGUUUUAAAUUCUUCAGCGAUAAAGUUACACAAAGCGAGGCUAUUUCAACUUGUAGCCAGGACGAUGCUUAUUUAAUUACAAUAAAUGACGACAGUGCUCAGCAACGGCUCAAAGAUUUUCUUGAUCACGAGGACAAGGCUACCGUAUGGUUAGGCUUCCAGUUUGACACGAGAAGUUCUUCGUGGUUUAGUAUUUCAAGAUAUGAGGCGAGUAAUAACUGGUGGAUGGAUGGUGCUCCAGAUUCUGAUACUGUGGUACAUAAUGAUACUUUUUGUGCUGUGAUCGACACUAGUGCAAGCGGCAUUAAGAAUUGGAAACCUGAAAACUGUGACGCCAGUCAUUCGGUCAUGUGCUGGAAACAACCAGGUUCGUGUCAAUACGGCUACAUUAAGCAUAAGACGACGUGCUAUCUGUUGAAUACACAGGACUUCGCGACAUGGAACGAAGCCAGAGGGUUUUGCAACCUGAGGUCAACCAAAUUAUUGGAAAUCAAAAAUGACAAUGACUGGUAUUACAUGUUGACGUUGCUGAAGGAUCACUAUAGUUUGACUGAAAUAAAAUCCGUCUGGCUUGGAUUGUCCGGCAAAGAUAUCAAUAAAAUUAAGUGGGAUAGCGGUGACGAAGUUGGAGAUUUUGAGAAAGGAAAGUCGAAUGAAAAACUGAAAGAAUCUUCGACUGAUACUCAGUGUGGCUUUAUAGACAGUAGUAAGAUGACUAAUGUGGCCGACGGAAGUCGAUGGAAGCUUGGAGACUGCAGUGACAGCAGAGGAGUUGUUUGUACAGUCCCUGUGAACCAGGCAGUGAUCACCCCUCCUACACAGAAACCUAAGUACGAAUGUCCCGAAGGUUACACUUUAAAUGGUAUCAAAUGUUACCGCCGGAACCCUGAUGAUCCUGUCGACUGGUAUUCUGCACGUGAAAAAUGUGCAAAUGAAGGAGCAGACCUUGUCACGAUACAGUCAGAGGAAGAUCAACAAUAUUUGUCAAGUUUUAUACAAAGUGAAACUUGGAUAGGUUUGAAUGACAGACGAAAGGAAGGGUCAUUCAAAUGGUUAGACGCUACAGCUGAGGUUAACUACCAGUAUUGGCUGGAAAGUCAACCUAAUAAUGUACAAAUAGGAAGUCAGUACUCUGAGAAUUGUGUUUCAAUGAUUUAUUUGCCUGGUGAGGAGAAUCAUGGGAAAUGGUCUGACUAUCCUUGCAGUUAUAAAGCUCGAUUUGUUUGUCAAACACCUGCAGAGUGGAAUAUAGCUCUUGGUAAAAUAGCAACCCAAUCAAGUAUUCGUCAAGUGGAUAUUUACAGAUAUUCUAGCUACGGGUAUGAUAAUGACUACGGUACAGAAGAUAGUGACGACAUUGCACAGAAAGCAAUCGAUGAGUGCUCUACCCGUUCCGUACAAUCCAGUGCAUGUUGUGCUCGCACAGACAGUGAAGAUAACCCUUGGUGGAUGCUUGACCUAGGAACAUAUUAUCCAGUCGGGAAAAUCGUCAUACAUCGCCGGUCAGAAGAACCCCAUGUUUGCUCUGACUGUAUAUCACAGUUUCGCAACUUCCGUUUGUUUAUCAGCAACUCUUCCAACAAUAGCACGGACGAGUCAAACAUGGUCUAUCAGGAACAAAGGGAUCAUAUACCAGCCAUUAUAGUUCUAAAUCUGAACAACGUUACAGUUGGAAGGUACAUAAGGAUAGAUAUACCAAGGAAAGGUGCCACGUUAGUAUUGUGUGAAGUCAAGGUCUAUGAAGGUAAAAGUUUACAAAGGGCCGUCACACCUGGAAACUCAAAUUGUAUUACUGACUCUACCAAAUGGGCUGGGGAUAUUAGACAUACUGUGAGCGGAAAAACUUGUCAACGCUGGAUAGAAAAUGUGCCUCAUAACCAUGGAUACCACGACAAAACAUUUCCUGACGGAACUGAAAAAGACGCUGAAAACCUCUGCAGGGACCCAUUAGGUGAAGGCCAACCUUGGUGCUAUACAACCGACCCAGAUGUUCGCUGGGAGUUUUGUCCCGUGCCUCAUUGUAUAACUGAAGUAGGCUCAGUUGACUCGGAAAUGGAAGGAGAGGAGUCAAAUUGUGGAUUUGGAUGGGAGGAAGAUCCUAACACAGGGCACUGUUAUUGGUUAGGUGAUGAAACAUUGACUUGGGCGGAUGCAAAGUCUGUUUGUGAAAGUGUCGGAGCAAGUCUUCCACUGCCCACAAGUAAAGAAGGUAUCAACUUGAUUACAGGCCAACUGUUCGACAAACAGAGUGGGUUGUUUUGGCUAAAUGUGUACUUUGAGAUUUUAGAUGGCAGCUGGGUGUCAGCCAAGGACCAUGUUCCAAGUUAUAUUCUUGAUAAACUAGGGAGAUCAUCGCCAUCAAAAACGAUGUGUGCUAUAACAGACGAAUCCGAAAAUAUUCAGUCGAAAAGUUGCUUUGAGAGAAAUGUGUACAUCUGUGUGAAGUCGGGUAAUUUUAUCAAAUACAGAACAAGUUCAGACGAGCAAGAUAAACAAGUACCCAAGAGCAUCAUUGAAAAAAUCACGGACGGUUCCAUUACGACAUAUUCUAUGAAAUUUGAAUUCAAAGGAUCUGAUGGCGCAACCAUGUUUUUAAACCAAACAAUAGAUGAGCAAAUAAACAAUGGAUACAUUGUUCGUAUCGGUGGUAAGAUUUCUCCAAAGUCAUCGAUUUUUAAAUUAGGCUCUGACAAACCAAAACAUUCCGCGUUCAUUCCAAAUUUAUGUGAGGAAAAUGAAUACAAGCAAUUCUGGAUGAGGUGGACCAGUGGUAAGAGUGGUGGAGACUUGAUAGAGGUCGGUCGUGGGUCAGAUAUAGGACGUAAUAUGUUUAUGCAAUGGGCAGAUCCAGCCGGUAUUACAGCUUCGUCUGUGUCUGUAGCCACAGUAACGAAAACAUCGACCGUUUACAAAGGAUAUUGGAGAUUUAAGGAAGACAUAAAGGAUCGUAAACAAUUUAAAACAGAAGUAAACCUGGCUUUGGGUAAGACGACGAAGCAGUCCAGUCCCUACGAAUAUUUCAGCGGACCUGAGAAAGCCGUGGACGGGUGUAAGAGUAACACCUACAGCAGUCAAUGUAUCUCACAUACUAGUGACGAUUUUGAGCCGUGGUGGGAGGUGGACCUCGGGAAGGUGUAUCCAAUCCGUAAGGUCAUGAUUUAUAGACGCGGCCCUGAGUGUUGCGCUGCACGCCUCGGAUACUUCAGACUGAUUUUAAGCAUAUUAAGUGAUUCUACACUAGAAGAUGACGUUGUAUUCAAAAGCGAAGAUAGAGAGCCACCCUUUGUUAUGAAUAUUCCGACAAAUGGAAAACACGCACGGUAUGUUAAAAUAGACAUACCCGGAAGGAAAGAAUACUUGGAAUUGGCUGAGGUUGAAGUGUACGAAGAUAUUGACGCUUCCAGAUGCGGAGCUGGUUGGCUUGACCGCGAAAAGGAUGCUUCAUGCUAUAAAUUCAGUGAGGUUGGGAUGCGCUGGCAGGUAGCCAAGGACUUCUGUGACGCUUUCAGCUCUGCAAUGGUUGUACCAAAAUCACCUACGGAGCAGUUGUUUCUGUAUGAACUCUCCCUACCUAUUUCGGAAAGUGGAAGUGUUUGGCUUGGUGUACAUGAUAUGGAUUCUGAGGGAACAUUUACAACAACUGAUGGAUCAUCUUUGAUAUACACCGACUGGGGAAAUAAUGAACCGAACAAUUACGGUGGUACAGAGGAUUGCGCAUCAUUGCGAAUAGACUUGUCACCCAAAGCGGGAAAAUGGAAUGACAAAAAAUGCGACACCAUUCUUAGGGCUGUUUGCAAGAAAGAAGAACUACCGGCGACAACUACAACAAAAAUCAGCACAACCACCGCAACAUCUAUAACAACAACAACAACUGUCACAGAAACACCGAUAAUUGUCUCUCAAGGAGCAUGUGAUUCUGGAUGGGUGUUUAGUCCAAUGUCAUCGUCUUGUUUGAGAGCGUUUAUGGAUUCUAGCGUAAAUUUUUACAACGCUGCUACAAAGUGUAUGAAAGUUAACUCCCACUUAGCGAGCAUAAAAAAUAGUGAGGAACAAAACCUUAUAGCUGAGAUAUUGGAAAACAACAACAUCGUUGGUAAGAAAUGGCAAGGUUUAUGGACAGCUGGUUUUGAUGAACAUGAAGAAGGAGACUGGAAAUGGUUUAUGGAUAGUAUUACAUGGGAUUCAAACAUUAGGUGGACUCCAGGUGAACCGAACAAUUGGGGAAACGGGGAAGACUGCGCUAUGAUACGGACAGCUUCUAGUAACUAUGCGGAAAUAAAUGAUGCGUCAUGCGAUGAUACCAGAGUUGUGCAGGGAUAUAUGUGCAAAUACAACUUAGACGUAAGAAAAUGUAAAGAUGGAUGGAUCUACAAUGGAGAGACAGAUACAUGCUAUAAAUAUGAACUGGAGUCUCCUGAAACUUGGAAUGAUGCCAGAAAGAAAUGUAAUGAAGACGGUGGUACAUUAGCAACAAUAGCAAGUAAAUCAGAGCAACUAUUCAUGAAAGUGUUCGUUACUAAUUCUAAUGUAAAAGGAGCAUGGGUUGGUGCACAUGGCAUGCAUGAUGAAACCUUCCAAUGGAUUGAUGGAUCAACAUGGAUCCGGGGUCUCUGGGCACCAAAUCAACCAAAUAAUUGGAACGGGAACCAGGACUGCGCUAUGAUAGUGGUAAAUGUUCUUCCAGGCGCGCUUGGGCUUUUACAAGAUGACUUUUGUGAAGAUAAAUACCCUUAUAUUUGUGCUGUCAGAAAUUGUAAGACAGGUUGGGAAAAGUUUGAGAAAAAUUGUUAUUUGUUUUCACUUUUAAAUCUAGGAUGGGAGGACGCAAAGACCUACUGUGAAUCUGAAGGGGCAAGCCUUUUGAUAGUAGAAGAUACGCAGGAACAUAAUUACAUCAGGCAGAAAGUUAGGGGUUUAAAGUUGCCUUACAUGUGGAUAGGAGCUCGUUAUGAUUCCAAAUAUGGUGAACAUCGGUGGAUAGACGGUUCCGCUAUGACGGUUGAUGGAUGGGCUCCUGGUAAACCUGACUCAGUCAGAGGAUGCGUGGACUAUCUUAAUAAUGUAGAUUACUUGUGGAAUUCCCAUCCGAAUUGUGUAAACACAAAAGGCCCUUUCAUCUGUGAAAAAGUCAGUGUGUCAGAAGCUGGCCUCACCGUGCCACCAACGACUGUUGUAUCAUCAACUGCAUUGGCAGUUCAGACAGCAACAACACCAACAACUUCACUACAACUAACAACACGUUCAAUAACCUCUACAUCUUUAUCCCAGACGACGGAAAAAGGAAAGUGUAAGUUAGGCUGGGAAAAAGAAUAUGCUAGCUCAGAAACAUGUUACAAGUUUGUUACUAAACGUGCAAGCUGGACAGAAGCACAGGCAGCGUGUUUGGAGGAGGGUGGAAAUCUUAUAAGCAUUGUUUCGGACCAAGAACAGUCAUAUAUUGAAGGUAGAUUACAAGGUUUCGCAAAGCUCCCAGAUGAUAUGUGGAUUGGAGCAAGUGACAGAGACUAUGAAGCAGGAUGGAAAUGGAUAGAUGAACAGCCUUUUGAAUAUCAGAACUGGCGUCCUGGUGAACCAAACGAUUAUGGAAGUGCUGGCGAGGACUGCGCUGCGAUUUCUGUACGUAACAAAAAGGUCUUCGGACUUUGGAACGAUUUACCUUGUCAUCUAAACAGAGGAUACAUAUGUAAAUUGCAAGUUGAUGGAAUGGUUGCACCAACUUCAACACAAGUACCUGUUACUGAAGGAAAGUGUGGGAUAGGUUGGGAAAAGGAUCCUAGUUCUGACACAUGCUAUAAGUUCGAAAUUGAGCUUGCAAGCUGGACGGAAGCACAGACAAAAUGUUUAAAGGAUGAUGGAAAUCUUGUGAGCAUAAUUUCGGACCAAGAACAGUCAUAUAUUGCAGGCAUAUUACAAGGAAUUUCAAUGCUCCCUGAAGCUAUGUGGAUAGGUGCAAGUGACAUAGACUUUGAAGCAGGCUGGAAAUGGAUAGAUGGGCAACCGUUUGCCUAUCUGAACUGGGCUAGAGGCGAACCUAACUAUUAUGAAGUAGUUGAUACUAGUGCUGGUACAGUAGAAGGCGAAGAUUGUGCGGCCAUUGUUACUGCGGAUAAACAGCUGUUUGGACAGUGGAAGGAUCUCCCCUGUUCCGGAAAAAGAGGACACAUUUGCAAGAGGAAAGUUAAUAGAAAGGUAACAGCACCAUUAAAACCUGUACCUGAUAUUGAAGAUACUGAAAUAGUAGACAUUUACCAAAAGCCAGAAGCAUAUAUUCCUGAUUUCAAGUCACACGACCUUUACGAAAUGGGAGUAAGACCUAUAGAUACAUUUAGGUUUUCUGUGAAGACAAAACAUGAUGCUCAUAUACUGCUGCAGAAUAAGAAAACAGACUUUACCGACGAUGUUUACUUGGUGAUCAUUGGUGGAUGGGGUGGGACUAAAUCAACAAUAAGCCGUGCUAGUGAUAUUAUCUAUUACGAACAAACGGGAUUGUUGUCGCAAUAUGAAUAUAGGUGGUUUUGGAUAUCAUGGAACGAAACUACAAUCGCAGUUGGAAAGUCGGACCAAGUCGGAAAUGAUGUGUUUCUAACAUAUAGUGGCGAAAUUGAUGACAUAAAUUACGUGUCCGUAGGCACAGCACAGUAUACAGAUGCUUACUGGAAGAUCCCAAAAGGUGAUAAGUAUUACGGAUGUUCAGGCGCUGGCUGGUUGGGAUAUAGAGAUGCGUGUUUUCUUGUUGUUGAAGAGAAAAAAGACUGGAAUGAAGCAAAUAGUUACUGUCAUAAAGAAGGCGCAGAACUCGCUAGUAUUGCAGAUGAACAGGAACAAAGAUUUCUAUUCAGUCAACUCCCUCAAGAUAGCUAUUGCUUUAAUUCCUUGCAAAAUGAUACAAAGUGUAACAUUUUGGCUGAACGCGGGGAAUGUGAAAGAAACCCUGUCUGGAUGGCUACACACUGUCACCUCGCCUGCAAACAUUGCAUGCACAACUGCAGAGACAAAUAUCACAGUAGCCCUAAGUGUUUAGAAUGGACCAGACUCGGUGAAUGUGAUAAAAACCCAAAGUGGAUGAUACAAAACUGUGCAAUGUCAUGUGGAGUGUGCCAAGGAGCUCCAACACGUGGUUACUGGAUAGGUUUGCAAAGUAGUGGAAUGGAUCAAAGUUAUAGAUGGUCAGACCGCAGUAAUGUGAGGUUUACUAACUGGAACAGUCACCAACCUCUCUGGUUUAACCUGAGACCUCGCAGCUGCGUAGCGAUGUAUAUACAAAAUGGAAAAUGGAAUGAUGGCGAGUGCUCGGAUCCCCUUUCCGGUUUUAUAUGUAAACAAGCAAAGAUGGUAUUACCAAUAACAACUCAACCGCCUUUCGAAAUAGGAUGCUCAAUGGAGAAUGGAUACGGAUAUGGAGCUUAUUGCUAUGUGUAUGUAAAAGAGCAGAAAAGUUGGUCUGACGCACAGAAAAACUGUAAUUCGCUGGGCGGAUACUUAGCUUAUAUUGGAGACGCAUACAUCCAGGCUUUUGUAGCAAGUGAGUUACAGAAUCUUUUACAAGACUACUGGAUAGGGUUGUACGUUACCAAAGGCUACUGGACCUGGGACGGAAGGCUAAAGGCAAAAUUAACAAUGACACAUUUUGAUAAAAAUGUUACUGUUGCUGAAGUUAGAGAUGGCUGCUUUGCAAUGUCAACCAAUAAACCAGUUGGAUUAUGGAAGUUGUACCCGGAUUGUUCUGUCACGUUACCUUCGAUUUGUCAGGUACCAAGAGAGGGAUUCACUACCACGUCACCCACAACAACCUUGUCAUCUACAACCCCUCUUCCUUCAUGCGCGGACACAUGGCAACCCUACGGACAAUAUUGUUAUAAGAUAUCUGAUAAAGCGCAACAGUGGCAUGUUGCUCAGAAAUUAUGUAUACAUUACGGGAGUUCAUUGGUCAGCAUUCAUGACAACUUGGAAAACACUGCUGUCGCCGAAAUGGCAGGGCAACAAGACCCAUUCUGGAUAGGACUACACGACACUGAGGUUGAGGGAGUCUUCAUUUGGGAUGACGGAUCACCUAACGAUUUUGAUGUUUGGAAUACUAAUGAACCAAACAAUGCAAACAAUGGCGAGGAUUGUGCCGAGAUUCUGACGGUGAAUAAACUCUGGAACGACGCUAAUUGCUUCAAAGCUAAGCGUUAUAUUUGUAAAAUACCAAGAGGAAAAGCUGUAAAUGAAGAACUUCCUACAAUUGAUUCCUUCCCAGCAUGCAAUGAAAACAGUCCAGAUGAUGGAUGGGUAACAUUCGGUGAAAACUGUUACUUUCUUGGCAAAGAAGAAUUACUUACUUGGCACGCUGCCAAAAUGUAUUGCAGUAACAAAGGGAGUACACUUGCAAGUGUUCACUCUGAAGAAGAGCAGCGCUUUUUGUCUGGUCUGAAUUCGAAGACAGAAUAUGUAUCUUGGAUUGGAUUUAACGACCUUGAUCUUGACAAUAGAUUUAGUUGGAGUGACGGGUCAGUCGUAGACUAUACAGCCUGGGCUAGCGGACAGCCUAAUGACAUAUGGGGCGGUGAGAAGUGUGUCCCUAUUCACAAUGACGGAACAUGGCAUGAUUAUCCAUGUAAUGACCGAAAACCUUUCAUUUGCAAGAAAAGAAAAGUUGGUUACACCAUGACAACUAUUGCACGAACAACAAAAAGUAUGGAAGGAGGCUGUCCAUCGGGAUUCAAUUAUACUUUUGGAAACAAAUGCUACUUAUUCAGCGUUGAUGGCGACACAACGUUCUGGGGCGAUGCUAAGGACAGAUGUGAAAUCCUGGGAGGGCACAUCAUAAGUAUACAUAGUGAGCAGGAAAAAGAUUUUAUAGCGUUGAACGUAUAUGGAAUAUCCCAUGGUAUGUGGUUAGGGAUGCAAGAUCUCAAUGAUGACAGACGAUUUGAUUGGUCAGAUAACUCUCCGCUUGAUUAUUCCAACUGGGCUCCAAAUGAACCUUCUAGUAACGUGCAUGACACCUUUGAAAAGGAGUCGUGUGUAGAAAUGUGGGCUGACGAAAAUAAUCUUGGAUUCUGGAACGAUGUGAAAUGUUAUGCCUCCAAAGGUUACAUAUGUUCAGCGUUUAAAGGGUCGUCACUACCAGUUCUAGAGAGUCAGUGCCCGGAAGGAUACAUGUUUUUGAGGAAGUCUUGCUAUAAGGUUUUAUCCACGAAACAGUCUUGGAAUCAAAGUUUAGAGUCGUGUUCAAACGAAGGUGGCCACAUGAUAUCUAUUGUUGAAGUGCCGGACGGUUUGAUCAUCAAAGUACUUCUUGCUAUAAGCGGCCAGGACGAAGUAUGGAUAGGAGGCCAAUCACUCGAAGGUAACGUGCAAUGGAACGAUGGAUCAAAUUCUCCCGUUACCGUCCCACAUACUGUACGAUCAGGAUGUCUUUACAGCUCCGGAGCGUCUUGGUCAAGCGCCCCAUGCAGGGAUAACCGUGCGUCUGUCUGCGUCAUAAACACAGAGCUGGGCACUGUCUCAUCAACUACUUCUUCAACUGUCAAAUCUACUCUCAGUUCAACGGUUGCAACAACACACACGUUCACCUGUCGCAACAGUUCCUGGCUUCUCUACAAUGGCUUUUGCUACACUACUGUUUUUGAUCUGAAAACAUUCCCAAAUACAAAGUGUUCAAAGUAUGGGAUGGAUCUGGCCAGUAUAAAUAGUGCAGAAGAAAAUCAUAAGAUUAUAAGAUGGAUUUUAAAAAAUCGACGGUCUAACUCUCUCUAUAUGUAUCCUUAUUUUUGGAUUGGUCUGUCCUUACAAACAGGCAACCUACCUGCUGAUAGAUGGACAGAUGGGAGUAGCCUUGUAUUUUCAAACAUAGACAGAGACAAAGGUGGAAGUAAACAAGGUUGCGUUAUCUUGAAGCUUUUCACGGGCCAGUGGCAAGUGGUGUCAUGUACAGAUAAACAUUUCUAUGUCUGCAAAGGACCUGCAGACGUUCUUACGACACUCACCCCGCCAAGUACAACAUUUACGAAUGUUGGUAACAAAACCAAAAAUUUUACAUCGACAACAAGAAAAGUUCAACUCCCGCAAUUUGCCGAUAGUGAAAAACUGGCAAAAGAAGAAACUGGUCUGAGCGGAGGACAGGUUGCUGGUGUUGUUAUAGGUGUGCUAGGCCUCCUGGUUAUCAUUGGUGUGGUGGUAUAUAUCCUUAGGUCUUGGACAUAUAAAAGACCUGAAAACACUUUUGAAGCACCCUCACUGGGAUUUGACAAUGCAUUAUUUCAUAAAGAUCAAGAUUCCGUUGAUAUCAAUUAAACAGUGUUUGGCAAAAUGUCAACAAGUUGGAUUAGAAAUGAAUGUACAGUAGUUUAAUGAAACAUUUAGGACAUUGUAUGCAAAUCAAAUAAAGUUAGCUAGAUAUGAGAUAUUAGGAUUUUCUCCUAAUUUGUAUAGAAUUUACUGUGUACAAUUAUUGUCAAAUUCAGGAUUGUUUUGCGCUUGCACGUUUGGAUCUGGUUUUUGUACAAUGUAGAGUUUUAGUAAACUUUGCUUUCUUUUUUAGUUCAGAAUAUACUUAAAUUUCGGCAAAUAGAAAAAAGGGUCACUGAUCACAUUUUAGCCAGACUGAACGUAAAAUUUGAACGGGCUAGAUUGUAUGUAGUAUGGAUUGUAUGACGUUAUGCCAUGACUUCAUAUUUAUCAAAGCGCACUAUUACGUUAAAAGUAAGUUCGUGUACAUUAAUACAUGUUAAUGCGUUGCACAAACGUUUUAAAAAUGGUACAACACGUUAUAAGACAUUUCUGGUUAAACCUACUCUAAUACGAAACUUCUACGUUUGUGGAUAUUUCAAUAUUUUUUUAGAAAUAAAAAAACCUUUCGACCAAUGUUUCGCGGUUUUCUAAAGCAUAGUGAUUAUACGUUUUGAUAUUUAUGUAUUUGGCUCUUUUGCUAACUACAGAUAUUAGCUUUUAAUGAUACAAUGCUAUUGACUAUUGUAUGUCUCAAAUAAUUAUGUAUAUAUUUAACAUUAAAUCGUAAACUAGCGGCCAUGAUGGAGGCUGUACAUUACAUAAGUUAUCAAAAAUUUUGAUUGUUGUGUUAUAUACUUCCAGUGGAUAUACCCAUUUAUUUCAUUGUCAUUCAGUUAAGACUUACUAUACACAUGUAAUUAUGUGAAACUUUACCUAAAAUAUGUAUUUUCACGUUUCUUGUACGGAACAAGAAGAUAAAUCCCGAUCUGAUAACUUUAAAGUUAAACUGGAAGUGGCUUUUUGAAGAGGGUACCUGUCCGGAGAUGAAGAGUUUUGUUUUCUCAGUUAUCAACAUUUUGCUAUCUUCAUACGCAAUUCUUGUUGUCAUGUCCGUUCGAAAUGAACUAUUGGCGUAGGACGUGUUAUUUGUGAAACAAAUAAAGAGAUAUACCAAAUCUGUA